CGUCUGACGUCUUCCCAAAACGGCUGCUGAGGUCACAGUGCUCUCUGGGCAAACAUUGCACCCAUGGUCGAGGCAUCUGCUUCACAUCACGGAUAUCACCUUCUCCGAAAAAUUUGCGCAAAAGACGUCGAAGAAGACGUAUCAUCAGGAAGAACGUCCCAGAAACUGACGUGGACUCGCCCAGUCACGACCGUCUUAAUGAUCGUCAGCAAUUACAAGAUCACAGUUUAUACGAUAGUUCAGAUGACCUUAGACUGAAUAGAAACAUAGGUCAUUCAUCGUUAAUGAAUGGUAGAUCGCCGACUAGCAAUCCAAAAACCAGAAGCCCGUUAGAAUAUCUGCGAUUGAUUAAAGACUGGAUUUUUGAACAAAGGUCCAAGGACUCACUAAGCAAACAGUCGAACCUAUUCGAUGAAAUGCAAAGCAAAUCUAAUGCCUCUUCAAGUAACGGAACCAAAUACAGUUUUAGGGAAAAUUCAGGAAAUAACUUACAAACAGACGAUGUUAUGACUACAAAAAGACGGUCUACAAGGCAUCACAACGUUACCAAAGACAGUAAACCAAAAUAUCACGAUAAAAUGGAUCUCCAAUCACGGGAAUCUCAGGAUAGCGACCAUGACGUGAUGAACAGCUCGUUCAGCUCAGAAGUGAGUGUUCUGUCGGUGCGGCGACAGUUGUUCUCCGACAACCCCACCGGGGGGCUGAGUUCCUCCAACUCUCCCCCUGCCGCCCCCCUCACCCCCGCAAGGGUGACGAAGGAGAGAGGGGGGGCUGUGUCUCCUGAGAGUGGACUAGGGGACGAAGCUUCCUCAUGGGCUACCAACACGCCGUGCCAGUUUGUGUCCGGGGAAUUUUUCUCAUUCCACGAAGAUGACCCUAACUGGAAUACCCCCCGCAAAAUAUCGGAGUCGACUCGGCGUCUCAGCCACCAUCAGCCCCAGAACCAUUACAUCGCCUACACCUCCGACCAAGAACUACAAGAGUGGAGCAUUAGUCCCCGCACGGACUACACGUACAGCGCGUCUGUGAGCUACAGGACGCAUAGCCCCCGCAAGAGGGUGGGCUCCCCCAACAUGUCGCGACGCCCUCUGCACACGACGCUUCCCUCGCACCCUCUGCCCUCAGACGAAGAACACCAAGUGCUGAGGGAGGGGAUCUCUUUACAACAGUUCUACGACGGUCGGGCUAUCAGACGAACUGAAGCUUCGUCGGAAUCCGCAACGCUCUCGGUCAACUUCGGCCUCGACCACGAGAGCGAUGGCGAAGAUUUGGCGCCGGCGCGAUCCUCGAACAAACGCAAACAUUUGUCCCAUCGAGCCACCCCCCUGCUAGCAUCCAACUCUUUGACUGCCAACCACGCAUCUAGUUUACUGUCGACCCCAAACGGUGGAUCGCUCUUCUCCCACAACGAGUGCAGUCCAUUUCCGAAGGGAAGGACCACGUUCGAGGGUAUCGUAGAUGCUCUCUCGUACACUGCGCAGCAGCUUGUGCGCACUCCCACAGUUUUAAAGAACACCGUCAUGUCUUUCACGUAUUCGCAAGCGAGCCGGUACGAUGUCGGUGCUAACGACAUCCACUACAACAAAAAUAAUACAACCCUUGUUGAUUCGCACACAAAAACCAAGACGAUUAGUACAACCGCUGACAGUUGGUUGCAUGAGAACAACCACCGGACUACCACGACUACUACCAACACAUCUAGAUCUGGUUCCGUCAACAGAAGCUCAAUGGUGCUAAGAAGCAGGCGAAGGGUUGGGGCAACUGCUGGCACUGAUGAAGAGGAACAAGUCGAGUUUUUCGAGAACACUCAAAACCAACGUCUAGAUUCUACUGAUGGUGCUAUGGUUCAAAGUCCAAGCUCACCUGAAAGCCAUUCGUCAUUUUUAUACACCUUAUUAGCUGUGAUAGUUUGGGCGACUUCUGCAUCUGCCGACGCCGUUCAUCGCAUUUCAAAGCGCGCCAUUUCUACCUCAUAUUCUGCCACUUCAUCUGCUGCUAAAGGACUCUUGCACUGUUUUUAUUUCACUCGUUCCAAAGACGCGAGUAAUCUUGUGGAUGAAUCGGAGCACGCAACAGCAGCUGGCAGUUCGGAUGAACCGAGUACAAGGAAAGCGGAUACUGAAAUCAUGGAUGAUCCUGCGGACAGUUCUAAGGACGGAUGGUUGAGUUGGUUAUUCAGCUGUGUGCCAAUUUUUGGCGGUAAACGAAGGAGGCGGAUGAGAAGACGGAGACAAUGGGACGAACAUGGGAUGGACACAAGAAGCAAGGCACGCAGAAAUAGAAUUGGAAGUUCAAACCUCACUGUUGAUGAUAUAGCUGAACAUGACUACGCAAACGAUGAUGACGACGAACAUGUGCAAACUUCCUACGUCACCAGCACAUUCACCUCAGUCAUCACCACCGUGUUUGAAACCAUCUACGAUAUUAGUUUUGAGAUUGAAGAAGCUGCUAGGAAAAUCAUUGGUGUUGCAAGCCGACGCGAGGAGAGAGAGAAGGAAAAACGUCUUCGUCUUUCCAAGAGCGGAGACGAGAUCUUUACUGAUGGCCGGAACUCGAACUCUGUGUUUGGUGGCGACAACCACGAGACUGAUGUCUAUGCGGAUGACGAGAGCAGCAGUGCGGCAUCGUGGUGCUUCUGGAUGGUACCACUAUUGCUGCUAAUUGCUUUUGUCGCUCUUAGUGGUUGGUCGUAUUUGUAUCACUCGGAAAACUUAAAAGAUGCAGUGACCUCAUCAGCAGCCUAUGUUACUUCCACUACCAUCACAGUGACUUCAGUCGUCUGGGAUUGGAUCUUUUCGGUUUUCUUUUUGCUGAUAGAUUUUGGGAAGUUGAUCCUGUGGGCCAUAACGUAUCCUUUCGUCUACAUUUACAGCUCUGGAGCUGAAGCCCUUGGUAGAAUGACGUCAGGAAAAUGGUCUCUCACCUCCGACCUUGGAACCAGCAGUGGUGACACGGGCGCUUUUGGUGUAGUUUCAGUAGUUCGAUCAGCCUUCUCGUCUGUACUUUCAUUCUGCCUCUGGGUGUUCAGCGGUGUUUCUGAGCUCCUCUUAUAUAUCUGGAGUCUUCUGUUAUCGCUCUUAUCCUACAGCGAAAGUGUUGUGACGUCUUCGUGUUCGACGGCAGCAGCGAACGUUUCCUCGUUUAUGUUAGCAGGGACAGAGGGAUUGUGGUCAGCUUUGUUGUGGGUUUGGGGAGUUAUUGGAGUUGUUAUAGGAUCUGCCUUGUCUUUGGUGGCUAUUGUUUUCAAUGCCGUUACUGGACUGGCACAGUCGGCAAAAAUCAUGUUUGUGGCGUCGCCUUCUAGUAAAAUUCCAGCGCCGAGACCUGAAGUUCCAUUAAUUAAAUCUGAAGUUCCACCGCUUAUCGAAAAUAACGUCGCGAUGAUCGAUGACCUGGUGGCCCGGGUACUGCAGAGCGAGCAACUGCAGCUGCAACUGGGUUCAAAAGUUUCAUCUGAAGUGGCGGAACAGACUGCACCUACAGCUGCUAAGUUAGAGCAGCUGCAACUGUCCAGCUCCGCUGUGCAAACUGAAAACCGUGACCUGUUAUUACAGCUCCAGCGAUAUCAUGACAGUCUGAAACAGGAGCUGCUGCAGCUCCAGGAGAGUCUUGCAGCUGUUGCCGCUGACGGCCGAGAAGGCAGGACUGUUCUAUCGGCUGCUGUUCAAGAACAGCUUCAGCAGGUGGAAGAACACAUUAAACAAUUCCAGCAGAAUUUCAAGGACAUUAAUCAUCAAAUCAACAAGCUGCAGGACGACCAAAGUUUGCUCUCAGCUGAGCUGAAGUCUUGCUGCCAGAAGACGGCGCUGUCAUUGGCUGACGUAGAGAGUCACGUGGUGGGCCUGAUCUCGUCCCUGAUUGGUGGAAGCAGCGGCAGCCUUUCUUCUGAAGACCUCAAGGCUUGGAUAGCUACUUACUUCGUGGCUAAGGAUCAAAUGGAAGAACGAAUAAACGAUUUGAUGAGCCAAAUCAAAUCUCGUACAGACGUUGCCCCCGAGUCCAGCCGUCUUCAAGAGGAGACCCUGGUGCAGACACAGCAGCUGGUAAUGGAGCGCGUCAUGGAGACCCUGCAGACAAGACUGCACGAACACGACCAACGCGUCACGUCUGGCAUUCGUGAGACCGUUGUUGCACACCUUGAGUCUGACCAGAUCAAAGACCUCCUGGUUAGUCACCUCGAUUCUGACCAAGUUAAGGAGCACCUGGAAGCCCACCUAAAAGCUGACCAAGUCAAGGACCAUAUCGAAGCACACCUAAAGUCUAAUCAAGUCAAAGAUCUCCUGAUUAGUCACCUCGAUUCUGACGAGAUCAAGGAGCACCUUGAAAGCCGUCUCAAGUCUGACCAAGUGAAGGAUAUUCUGGUUAGUCACCUUGAUUCUGACCGAGUCAAGGACCAUAUCGAAACCCACCUCAAGUCUGAUCAAGUCAAAAACCUCCUGAUUAGUCACCUUGAUUCUGACCAAGCAAAAGACAACAUCGUCACUCACCUCAAAUCUGAGCAAGUCAUUGAUCGCCUGCUGCUAGAGCUUCAGCCCAUACUUGAAGAGCGGCUCAAAAACUCUCAAGAAAUAACAACUGAAAAUGCACGCGAGGCGGUGGAAAUUGAGACAGCGGCGCGAAGUGUUGAACUCAAUGACACCGUCAACGCUCUUGUUGCUGCCGCCAUAGCGCUGCAUAUGAAAAGUGAGAGUGGCAGUGAAAAGACCUCGGAAGCUCUGCGGACGGCAGCUGGGGUGGCCAUGGGUGGGGUCGGUGGCGAUGCCUUUAAUCAGUUGGCGCUGAGCCGCCACGAGGUCGAGGUGCUCGUCACGGACGCUCUCAGGAAAUACGAUGCUGACCGCACGGGACUUGUCGACCACGCCCUCGAGUCCGGCGGUGGCUCCAUCGUAUCCACGCGAUGCACAGAGGCUUAUGAGACGAUCCAAGCUGAGGUGAGCAUUCUUGGCAUUCCUCUAUACCGGUACGCGACCAACACCCCUCGGUCCAUCAUCCAGCCGGACCGGCACCCAGGCCAGUGCUGGGCCUUCAAAGGCUCCCAGGGCUUUGUUGUCAUCAGGCUCGUCGCACCCGUGAGACCCACAGGCUUCACCCUGGAACAUAUACCCAAGUCCAUAGCACCCUUCGGCGUUAUCGACUCUGCCCCCAAGAACUUCUCCAUGUGGGGACUCAUGACUGAGAACGACGAAGGGGUUCUUAUCGGAGCAUAUCAGUACCGGGACGAUGGAGAGCCAUUGCAGUAUUUUGCGGUAGAUGAAGUCCCCGUUGAUUUCUUCCCGUUCAUUGAGCUUAAGAUUGACAGCAAUCACGGGAACAUGAAGUACACUUGCGUGUAUAGAGUCAGGGUUCAUGGCAUCAGAAUGAAGUUAUGAAACCCCUUCAGCUCGUAGUAAAUGAGUAGGAAUUGUUUCAAAUUUUUACGCUGUCUUCAAAACAUCGCACUUUUUUGUUGAUCGUCAAUAUCGGAUCUCUUCUUCAUUGUUAGCUCCUAAGUUUUUUCCUUCCUAGUAUGAAUAUGCUAGCAAGCAAUUUCUUUGUAAGCUUUAAGACUGAUGCGUUAGUGUUUUGAAAAAUUUGACAUUUAAAAGGAAGAUAAAGAACGUGUUCAGUUUGUGGUUAGAUAAGAAAGUUUUUUAUGUUCUACAGAUACUACGGAAACGUUCAUUAGUUAAUAAUAGUUAGAAAUCUUUUUGCUUCGCGAUUGCCUUUUGUGUUUGUCUCAGAAUUACUUUUGAACCGCGCUUUGCUCGUAAUUGUAGUUUGAAAUGUGUAGAGGCCACCUUCAAAUGUUCUGUACAUUCAAUACCUUGAUGUGCCUGAGUACUUGUUUUAGGGUGUAGUUUUGCCUGAGCUUUGAGCAUAUUUGAUUGUGGGAAAAUUGAACGCACUUCCAAAUUUCCCUGUCGUCUUAUGUAAAUAGUAAUUAUCUAAAUAAUCAUUUCGAGUUUAUUAACCGUAGUUCGGUUAUGCUGGUGGAUUGUGCACUAUUUGGGGUAGGUUUUAGGAAGAAGAUGUAUUCAGUUGAACAUUCGUUUUAUGCAUGACCAUUCAGAUGGGAAAUUGUCAUUAUUUGCUGUAUGAUCUAAUACCGAUAAUUUUAUUAUCUUAUCGUCAUUCAUUAUGGAAACAUGAAAAUGAAGAAUAUAUUCAAUAUGAGAAUAAGUACAAUAUGUUUGUCUUGCUUCAUCGAGUUGAGGUCGAUGAAGCUUCGAGGGUUGAUUUACUAUCUUGACAAAAGAUGUGUAAUUAAUUUGUUAUUCAUUUCACUUUAUGGAGGGUUAAAUUUUUUUACUGCAGCCGUGGUUUUUCUGAGCAACUUAAAUGAAUUUUAUAUUUGAUUUGCUAUGCGUUGUUUGCGUAAUUGAGGAUUCUCACUUUAAAUUCUACUUGUACUUUUUUUUGGAAAGAGUAAGUUUUUAGCGGUACAUAUUGCUAUCUUCCCUUUUGUUUUCUUAUGAUACUUAUUUUCGAUUUUUUCUACUCUUGUUUACGGAAUUCAUCUCCUCAUGUACCUAAAUUCACAGCUUUUCUUUAGUCCUACUGUCAAAUAAGUAGGUUAUGGCCGAAUCAAAAAAGUCUGCAGGGUUCGCUCCAGUGUUCUCAUUUGCAGAUUUAUUUGUGAAUUAGUUUAGUUAUCGCUGAUAUUUCAGCCAUCAGGCUGUGUGAUAUAUUUCACAUCAUAAAUCACGGAUUGUAUUAUAUGAGUUGCUGAACCGAAUACAUGUAUGUACAAAUAAACCCCAAACAAAACUACGCUUUUGUUGCGGAAAAGACUCUGUAACUUUAAUAUCACUUAAGCUUUUUUUAUACUAGGAAAAAAUUAAGGUAAUGGAUAAAUUUUCAACGUUCAAACCUAAUUUUUUCAUUGUCGAUUAGAGAAGUUGCUAUUUUUUCUUCGGGAAAUGCAGUGAUUGAUGGUUUGUUGCUCUUCAUUACGGCUGGGUAUUUUGCUUAUUGGGCUCCGAACUCUUUAGGUCGUAAACAAAUCAUCUCGCCUUCAUAGAAAAAAUUUAUACCGCCUACAAAACCCAGUUAGUGAACUUGCAUUCGCAUCGUUAGUUUUGAUUGAUUCGUAUCUAGAGAAAUAUUGAAUAUGAUUUUACAGCUACAUCACUUAUAGGACCAUUUAAAUAGACUUUUCAUUGAUAAAACCAAUUGACAAUGACUGCAGUAAGAUUAAUUUAUCAUCUUAGAUUUACUUCUGAGGUUAGCUUGUGCCUAUUGUCCGAUCUCUUGACCUGCAGAGGUUUAAUUUUUAACUAAAAAGGCCAAGAAGUAUACAUUUGUGUCGCGGUUACACGCUUCAGUAAUGGUUGUAUCCUAGAUGCAUAGCACUCCACUUGCAUUUAUUCUACAACUCGUAUUUCCCGCUUGAAGAUUUAGACGCAAUUUCGCAGUGAAUAUCUGUGGAUGACUAUUGAUUGCAUAUCCUUUUUGAGAAUCGACGCGUCGCUCACUUGUUGUCUCAUUUAUUAGAAAUUCAAUUGCUUUUACUUCAUUGGAAGAAAGCUGUUGUUAACAGUGCAAUGGUGUUGUACUUGAGAGAAGGUGACUAAGUGAUGGCGCCGCUGUAAUUUUCCUCUACAAAGUCAACGCAAUGUGAGCCGAAGGUGCUAAAGUUUUGAAUUUUUGUCCAAAGACUUCAUGGUUUUUAAUUGCUGUGAUGUAAUUUUCGAUUGCAAUUAGUUGUAAAUAUCUUGUUUAUGGAACUCAUUAUAUUAAUUUUUGUAGAUACCUGCAUUUGUUUGUGAUCUUUCGUUGCUGAAAGUCCGCAUUGAUGUGAUGCAAGUCUGGACAUUUAGAGUCGCGUUAGAUGAGCGGGUGCCUUAGUGUUGGCAGCAGUGUAAUGAGUGUGUGAUAAUGAACUUGAUGAAAUGGAACUUAAUUUUCUAAUAUUAGUUGUGUUAGUGGAUGCAUUCCCGAGAAAUGCUAAGCAAUAAAAAGCCUGCCAUGCUCCUUUAGAGAAACGUGAUCAAAUUAAGCUUCUGCAGCUUAUUUCAAUGAUUAUCAAAAUACUAACGUAAAACGUUGUCUCUGAAUAAAUCAUAUUUGUUUAAUUAUAUUCUAAUAGUGUAAUUGGAAAUCAUUUGCGAGAGCUACCAUGUAAUGAAUUUUUCUAAGUUUGGAACAUACUUUUUAAUUGAAAUUGUUUGAAAAAUGGCAGUUAGAUCGGAAAAGUAUUCCCUAAGCGUAUGUGUGUAGUAGUUGACUAUCUCGUGAACGCACGACGUACACAUACGUCCGCAAUCAGAGUUUUUCAAUAGACACGCACGUAAAGACAACAUAAAAGAUUAGGUAAUGGUUUCAAAAAUUGUGACGUAUCUGAUGCUGAAGAAUGAAAGCAAGUUGCCUCUACUGAUCCAGUGCCUUAAUGUCUUCAGAUCUCGCUUUCUUGUUGAGCUUGAACGAAAUAGAUUAUUUGUGCACUUUAAUGAUGUAAAUAUGUUACAAACUGAAAUUGCACGCAAAUGGCGGAUAUGAAUGUCCCAAAAAAGAUGAUGAUGGACGAUACGUUUACAUUGAAGAAUUGGUAAACGGCAAAAUAAGUUAUGGCCGACCAUUUGACUUUACGGUGGCGCUUCUUGUUAAAUUGAACUGAUCACUUCUCGAAGUCCUGAGUUGGUCAGCGGCUUUAUGGGAUUUGGCUAUCACGAGGGCGAACCGCCUAGCCGAUCGCCGUGGGUCUCCGCUGUCUGGAGCAUUUGAUAAUGGAUGCAUGCAGGUUUUUUCCGUGACAUGAGUCCGUGAUUCGCUAUGCAGGCUGAAUUUCUAUAGUUGUUUCGCAAUGUAGGCAGAAUUUCUUGCAGUUUCUUCCUAUCCCCCUGAUUGACGCCGACGUUUCAUGUAAAUAGCCUUUAGUACGCGUGCAGUCUUUUUGCUGAUUACUUUCACCUUCCUUAUUACCUUCCCUUCAGCGCGCUGAUAUGUGACAUCCGUCCAGACAAAAGACGUUAAAACGACCUGAUUACGAGUUGAUUUGAUUUAACAACGUUUUUCCAGCGUCAGAUGAAUGGUGGCUUCCGUCCCAUAUUGGUGAAGAACAAUUAUUGAUUAAAUGUAUUCACUGUGAUGUCCACUACACUAUCCCAUACUUUUGCUGAUACUACGUAAAAGCUCUACUGACGAAACCUUUUUUGUAUAAUAGGUAGUCAAUCUGUGGAACCUGUUCCGUUUCUUUCGUAGAUGAGCAGCGAUGUCGUGAUUGAUUACAGGCUUCGCUAGUAGAUACUAUCUCUCUGAAAACAAAUGUGAAAUCCUAUCGUCCGACAGUUCCCUUCAUUGAUAAUGAAAUUGAUUUACUCUUAGGAUUGGCAUAUUUUCAAAUUAUUUUCUAGGUUCUAUCGCAAUCAUCAAGCCUCGUGGAUUUAAUAAUUUUUUGCAUUUUCUUACAUGAUUGCUUGGUGCUAAAACUUGUCGCUAUGUUAACAGUCGCGUUAUUUUUAUUAUUAAUAUAUUUGGUCAGUAUUCAAUCAGCUGUCAGGAUGCGUUUAUAUUAAUUUAUUGAUUUCCUUUAUUAUAUUUGCGUUUUGUAGUUAGAGAUAUAACUUAACUAUAAGUAUAGAGGACUAAACUUUUUGUUUGUUAUUUUCGUAAGUUCAAAAAUAACGAGUUUUAUGAGUCCUUUUAUACUCGUAAAUUUGUUUAAACGUGAGCAUUUGUGCACGCAUUUCUCGUACGCAUUGAGCAUCACAUACGCGGAAAUAACAAUCGUCAUUGAGUUACGAUUAUUGUAUCAUAUUUGUUGGCAGUAUUUUUCUCUCUCCUUUUCAAGUUCUUUUUCAUUAUAGCGUUACGAGUAUUGAAUGCCGUUCUGUAAAUUUAUGCUUAAACUAACAAAGGUUACCGUUUAUACGUUAGCAACAUGAGCGUAAUAUUUCUGAAUUUCUUCUCGGGAUUCAAGAAAAUCAAUUCUCUACUCCGUUCCUGUGGUUUGCAUAUUAAUAUUUUUCAGGAGGCCGCGGUGCUUUUUUGUCUCUCAGUCGAGUACUUAUGAGUACAAUAUUGUCAAGUUAA